UCAGGAGCCAAGGCCAUAGGCACCCUCGUGGGUCUGUGUGAGCAGGGACAGCCCUGGGGCCAGUGCAAGGGCCAGAGCCACAAGCUGAGACUAGCUAUUCCAUUCUAAACACCUACCACUCGCUACCACUCGCGAAACGUCAUUGCCUGUCCUCUGAGCCAGGACCCAGCCCUUCAUGCAUCAUUUCAUUUGUCCUCACAAUUUCCUGCUGUGAGGGUUACUAUGCUUAUUCCCAUCCACACUCUAAGGAUGAAGUGGAGGAUGCCCAGAGAGGGUGGGGUUUCCAUAGGAAAAAGCUGCUUCUCCAUUUCCCCGGCCCAGCAACUGUUUGGAAGUCGGAUCCCCACAUCCUGCUUUACUGGGUCAAGUCCCUCUUGGACCGGCUCUUGCCCAUCAUUUACUGAAGGGGACCCGCGAGUGCCCCUGUGCAGGGUGCCCCUUGGCAAUUUCACUUCGUCAGUGCUUGGACCUCUGAUAUCUCUUCAGAUGAAAAUGGCCUUGCCUGGGAAUCCUGCUACUUCCAUCAUCAUCUAAUUAUGGGACGAGGCUGUGACAGCAGGUCUGGGGGCAGGAGAACGGGGCUAAUCAGGCCCCUCGGGAAAGCGUGGAGGACUUGCCUAGCCUUUGAAGAACUGCAGUGGUUUCUGAGUCUAGCCCAUUCUGGCGGUAAGCAUGAUGCGACUUCUGCCACUUCUGCUGGGGCUUUGGGGGCCAGGUGGCUACUUUUUCCCUCCAGGGCAUGGUCAGGAAGUGGCCACUCUCACUGUGAAAUACCAAGUGGCAGAAGAGGUGCCAUCUGGGACGGUGAUAGGGAAGCUGUCCCAGGAACUGGGCUGGGAGGAGGGGCGUGGGCAGACGAAGACUGCCUUCCAGGUCCUGCAGCUGUCUCAGGCACUCCCCAUCCAGGUGGACCCUGAGGACGGCCUGCUUAGCACGGGGAGCCGGCUGGACCGAGAACAGCUCUGCCGGCAGCAGGACCCCUGCCUGGUUUCCUUUGACGUGCUUGCCACAGGGGACUUGGCUCUGAUCCAUGUGGAGAUCCAGGUGCUGGACAUCAAUGACCACGAGCCACAGUUCCCCAAAGGUGAGCAGGAGCUGGAAAUCUCUGAGAGUGCCUCUCUGCGCACCCGGAUCCCCCUGGACAGAGCCCUGGACCCAGAUACUGGCUCCAACACCUUGCACUCAUACACACUGUCUCCCAGUGAGCACUUUGCCCUGGAUGUCAUCGUGGGGCCAGAUGAAACCAAACAUGCAGAACUCGUAGUGGUGAAAGAGCUAGACCGGGAAAUCCACUCGUUUUUUGAUCUGGUGCUAACUGCCUAUGACAGCGGGAGCCCCCCAAAGUCAGGCACCAGCUUGGUCAAGGUCAAUGUCCUGGACUCCAAUGACAAUAGUCCUAUGUUCGCGGAGAGCUCCCUGGCACUAGAAAUCCAAGAAGAUGCUGCUCCUGGUACUCUCCUCAUAAACUUGACUGCCACAGACCCUGACCAAGGUCCCAAUGGGGAGGUGGAAUUCUUCCUCAGUAAACAUGUGCCUCCAGAGGUUUUGGACACCUUCAGUAUCGAUGCAAAGACGGGGCAGGUAAUUCUGCGUCAACACCUAGACUAUGAAAAGAAUCCUGCCUAUGAGGUGGACAUCCAGGCAAAGGACCUAGGUCCCAAUCCCAUCCCAGCCCACUGCAAAGUCCUCAUCAAGGUCCUGGACGUCAAUGACAAUGCCCCAAGCAUCCACAUCACGUGGGCAUCUGAACCAUCUCUGGUGUCAGAGGCUCUUCCAAAGGAUAGUUUCAUUGCUCUCGUCAUGGCAGAUGACUUGGACUCAGGAAAUAAUGGUUUGGUCCACUGUUGGCUGAGCCAAGAACUGGGCCAUUUCAGGCUGAAAAGGACUAACGGCAAUACAUACAUGCUAUUAACCAACACCACACUGGACAGAGAGCAGUGGCCCGAAUAUACCCUCACUCUGCUGGCUCAAGACCAAGGACUCCAGCCAUUAUCAGCCAAGAAACAGCUCAGCAUUCAGAUCAGCGAUGCCAAUGACAACGCACCUGUGUUUGAGAGGAGCAGGUAUGAGGUCUCUACUCGGGAGAACAACCUACCUUCUCUUCACCUCAUUACUGUCAAGGCUCAUGAUGCAGACUUGGGCCUAAAUGGACAAAUCUCAUACCGUAUCCAGGACUCCCCAGUUUCUCACUUGGUAGCUAUUGACUCAGACACAGGAGAGGUCACUGCCCAGAGGUCACUAGACUAUGAACAGAUGACCAGUUUUGAGUUCCGCGUGAUCGCAGAGGACAAGGGCCAGCCCCAGCUUGCAUCCAGCGUCUCUGUGUGGGUCAGCCUCUUGGAUGUCAAUGAUAAUACCCCAGAGGUGAUCCACCCUAUACUCAGUGAUGGAAAAGCCAGCCUCUCAGUGCUCGUCAAUGCCUCCACAGGCCACCUUCUGGUGCCUGUUGAAACUCCUAAUGCCUUGGGACCAGCAGGGGCUGACACACUGCCACUGGCAACCCCCAGUUCCAGGCCAUUCCUUUUGGUUGCCAUUGUAGCAAGAGAUGCAGACUCGGGGGCAAAUGGAGAGCUCCUCUAUAGCAUUAGGCGUGGGAAUGAAGCCCGUCUCUUUGUCCUCAGUCCCCACCUGGGCCAGCUGUUCAUCAACAUCACCAAUGCCAGCAGCCUCAUUGGGAGUGAGUGGGAGCUGGAGAUAGUGGUGGAAGACCGUGGCAGCCCCUCCUUGCAGACCCAAGCCCUGUUGAGGGUCUUGUUUGUCACCAGCGUGGAUCACCUGAGGGACCGGGCCCGGGAGCCUGGGACCCUGAGCACAUCGGUGCUGACAGUGAUUUGCCUGGUUGUGCUGUUGGCCAUCUUUGGGUUGAUCUUGGCUCUGAUCAUGUCCAUCUGCAGGACAGAGAAGAAGGACAAUAGGGCCUACAACUGUCGGGAGGCUGAAUCUACCUACCGCCACCAGCCCAAGAGGCCCCAGAAACACAUUCAGAAGACAGAUAUCCACCUUGUGCCUGUGCUCCGGGGCCAGCCAGACGAGCCUGGCGAAGUCGGGCAGCCCCACAAGGAAGCAGGUCAGGAAGGGAGGAUGGAAGCGGGCUGGGACCCCUGCCUGCAGGCCCCCUUUCACCUCACACCAACGCUGUACAGAACCCUGCGUAACCAAGGCAACCAGGGAGCACAGGCUGAGAGCCGAGAGGUGCUGCAAGAUACUGUCAACCUCCUUUUCAACCAUCCCAGGCAGAGGAACGCCUCCCGGGAGAACCUGAACCUUCCUGAGCCCCAGUCUGUGAUGGGACAGCCACGCUCAAGGCCCCCGAAGGUUACGGGCAGCCCCACAGGGAGGUUGCCAGGAGACCCAGGCAGCGAGGAGGCCCCACUGAGUCCACCGGCCUCCUCUGCAACGCUGAGGCGGCAGCCGAAUCUCCACGGCAAAGUGACCCCUGAGAAAGAGUCAGGUCCCCGUCAGAUCCUGCGGAGUCUGGUCCGGCUCUCUGUAGCUGCUUUUGCAGAGCGGAACCCCGUCGAGGAGCUCACGAUGGAUUCUCCUCCUGUUCAGCAAAUCUCCCAGCUGCUGUCCUUGCUGCAUCAGGGCCAAUUCCAGCCCAAACCAAACCACCGGGGAAAUAAGUACUUGGCCAAGCCCAGCGGCGGCAGGAGCACAAUCCCAGACCCAGAUGGCACAGGUGCCAGGGCUGGUGGCCAGGCAGAACCAGACCAGGAGGAAGGGUGCUUGGAUCCUGAAGAGGACCUUUCUGUGAAACAGCUGCUAGAAGAAGAGCUAUCAAGCCUGUUGGACCCACACACAGGCCUGGCCCUGGACCGCCUGAGCGCCCCCGACCCGGCCUGGAUGGCGAGGCUCUCUUUGCCCCUCACCACGAACUACCGCGACAACGUGUUCUCACCGGACACUCCGGCGGUGGAGGAGCCGAGGACCUUCCAGACGUUCGGCAAGGCGCCGGGGCCGGAGCUGAGCCUGACGGGCACGCGGCUGGCCAGCACCUUCCUCUCGGAGAUGAGCUCGCUGUUGGAAAUGCUGCUGGAGCAGCGCUCCGGUGUGCCCAUGGAGGCCGCCUCCGAGGUGCUGCGGCGGCUGUCUGUCUGCGGGAGGACCCUCAGUCUGGACCUGGCCACCAGCGGGGCCUCGGGCAUGGAGGAACAGGGGGGUCCGGGGGGAACUAAGGGGGCCGGGGGCAGGACUGGCAGCAGCAGCAGCAGCAGGGGCCUGUGGAUCCAGGAACCAGGGGCCCUGGGGGACAGCAGGGAGCCCAGGCCCUGAGGAUGCUGGGACAUGAGCUGCUUUCUAGAAUCUUUGAACUCGAGGUCCAGAUGUGGCCCAAGAACUUUGGGGUGACUGAUGGUGCCCCACAGAGGAGGCAAGGGCCCCACAACUAAUGGAUGGCUGAUCAGAGCAGCCCCUUGUUAGAGGCUGACUCUGCCUGUGAAUUUUCUGGAGGAUGAAGACAUUUGUGGCUGAAAUGAGUGCAGGCAAAACACAUGUAGAGCACGGAGGGUCAGUCCUCCCCGUGGGACAGAUGCCAAGGAGUGUCCUAAGCAAGAAAAGCUGGCCUCAUCAUAUACUUGAGGGUGGGGGCUGGAUCCUGGGGUACCAGGUGAAGCUCUCUGACCUCCUAAUAAAGGAAAAGUGCUGGCUUAUUC